UGACGCGCCGUUUCUAAGUUUCGGUUUCAAACACAGGGAGUGACUCUAAUCGCGAUAGGGGUUGUUUGUUCCUGAAAAUCCCAGCGACAUUAACUAGUUUGCUUGGCACUCCUUUUUUAGUUUAUUUCUAUGUAUUUAUUUAUUUAUUUCGUCAAACAUGUAUUUUAUGACAGCUACAAGUGUAAACAUAAUUAUAAAUACAUGUAAAGGAUAUGAAUAAAAGAAAACGGAGAGGUUAUGUCUGGAGACAAGACUCCAGCUGUUGUGAGUGUUACACCAAUCCUCGCUUGGAAGAUUCCCGGACUUUCACACACGCCCCGACCCCCUCCCCUCCUCCGUUCACCAGCACUUUCGUUUCCUGCACUUUAGUUUCGAACGUCGAAAAACGAAACCUCUACGCCUUGAAAUUGUCUCCGACCUCGGACUUUGAAGGUAGUCUGUGAAAAUACUUUUAGGACCCUCCAAAAGUUGGUAUGUACGUAGAUUUAGAGAACUUCGAUUAGCAAGGACACUUUUAUAUACGUUAUUUGAAACUACAUGCCUGAGAAACCUGACUGUACUGUGCACAGUCCAGUCCACCUUAAGAGCUUCUGUGGUGACAUCAGAGAGAGGCAAUAAGAUAAAUAGAGUCGGGUGGCUCAUCCCUGUAGGCACAAAUGGAGUACCAGACAGAGAGAAUGAAGCUGUAUUCCACCCCAUCUAAAAGACUUGAUGAAUAUAUUGGUACGAACCUCCAUCCCAGCAGGGAGUUUCAAGACAACGUCUGUGAUGCUGUCAACAGGAUUUGUUCUUUCCUGAGAGAAAAGUGUGACCUGUACAUGGAUGCCAGCGUGAUCAAGACAAUAAAGGCUGGCUCUACAGGAAAAGGAACAACUCUGGAUACGAGUUCGGAUGUUGAUCUGGUUAUCUUCCUUAGCUGCUUCUCCAACUUCCAGGAUCAAGUAGAGAAGCGUGAAUGUGUGAUCAAGGACAUUGAAAAGAAUUUGAAUAGGUGUAUCCAGACGAUUGCUUUCAAAGUUGACGUCUUUCCACCGAGGAAGAAGGGAACACGCUCACUCCAACUCCACAUCCAGGCAAAAAAGAAGACAGAGUUGAUAGAAGUGGACAUCCUCCCAGCAUAUGAUGCUUUAGGUCAGAUAACCUUUACGUAUGUCCCACCUCUGAAGGUCUAUAUCGAACUAAUUGAAGCCAACGGACAGCCAGGGGAGUUCAAUACUUCCUUCACAGAGCUGCAGAGGAAUUUUGUGAAACGUUGUCCAGCAAAGCUCAAGGAUCUGCUACGGCUGGUCAAGCACUGGUACAAGGAAAUCAAGAAGCAAUCCAGCACAUCCUCCAAAUUUCCCCCCAAAUUUGCCCUGGAAUUGCUUACAAUUUAUGCUUGGGAAGAAGCAGAAGGAGGCGAGCAAUUCAACACAGCAGAAGGAUUUUGCACAGUGAUGAAACUGAUCACACGGUACCAGGAUCUCUGCCUCUUUUGGACUAAAUACUACCCUCUUGAUAAUUCCAAAGUGGGGCUCCAUGUGAAAGGAAAAUUGAGGGAGUCACGCCCUGUGAUUAUCGAUCCAGCAGAUCCGACAGCAAAUGUUGCCAAAGCCAACUCAGGAGCUUGGGGUCUAUUGGCCCAGAAAGCUUCUGAUUGCCUGAGACAGCCUUGUUGCAUGAAGGAUGAGCAACCUAUCAAACCCUGGAAUGUGCAGCCAACCCGAGACAUUAAGGUGACAGUGAAACACCAUACAGGAACAUCUGCAAUUAUAUCAUGCAGCCCUUUUGAAUCUAUCAAGUGGGUCAAGGAGAAGUUUGGGAAAGAAGGGCUUAUCUGUGAGCUAUAUUUGGAGGAAACUGUGCAAGAAAAUAUAGCCUUGCAGAAUGAUAAAAGAUUGGCAGAUUAUGGAAUAUUCUUUAAUACUACCUUCUGGCUACUUUACAGUACAUCACAAAUGCUGAACAUUUUUGUAAAAGACCUCAAUAGCAGAACCAAAAGCUACACAGUGAGCUCCAGGGAAACUGUCCUGGGCCUGAAAAAGAUGAUUGAAGCCCGCAUACAAGUAGUGGUAAAUGAACAACGCCUGACCUACCAGGAUAAAGAGUUGGAAGAUGGAAAGACACUUGCCUAUUACAAAAUUAGAAACAAUGACACUGUCUACCUGCUUUUGAGGCUUAGAGGUGGGCAUUGGAAUGGAAUGGAAAAUGAAUUAGAAUUACAAUAGAAUAGAAUAGAAUAGAAUAGAAUAGAAUAGAAUAGAAUAGAAUAGAAUAGAAUAGAAUAGAAUAGAAUAGAAUAGAAUUCUUUAUUGAUUUAGUUAUUUCACCAUAGUAAAAAUAUAAAACCAGCACAAAUAUACAAGAAGAUACAAAAUAAAUUGUCACCCCUAGAGUUAACCCCAAUCUGAUCUAAAUAUUCCAUCCUCUUCAAAAUUGGCUUUGCAUUUUAAGAACAGGAAGAAUGCCUAACGCUCCGGGCACAUAUUUAUGAGCUAUUCCUAUGUACUGAGUGUUGGUGUUUCUCCUCCUUAAACUACAAUGAAAUUAUCAUACUAUUUUUCAUAUAUUAUUAUAUUAUA